AUGUUGGACGACAAGGUGCCAUUUUACAGGCCAAAGCAAAGUCCAUUGCCAUUAGGGUGGCCUCUUCGGUAUAGGAAUGAUGGGGCCGAAUCGCCUCCUAGAUCACCGCCAAAACCUCUUCGCGGAAGUGAUAUCCUCGGCGACGGAAUACCUGUCAAAAGAUAUAGCCAGGACAAGGGUUCUACCAAGAUCUACGAGCAAGCUGGAUUUGAGCUCUCAAGAUCAGAAGACCAUCAAAUAGUCGCGAAAUUGAACACUGAAAAACUGCCACGCAUAAGUUCGCCCUCAGAUCCACGAUACCAAAGAAGCAAGAAGCUCGAUGGAAAGCUUUCAACAUCAAGAAUGCUUGAAGAAGAGAUAGAGCGGCUUUCAUAUCUUCUGCAGGAAGAGCAAGAAUCGCACAGGCGUACAAAAAUGGAGCGUGCUGAUGAGCUUAGAGAGCUGGAAGAGAAGAUCCGAGAGGAGUAUGAGAAUAAAAUAGUCUUACUGAAUCAGGAGUUUUUUGAUCAAACUCAACAGCAAAAAGACGAAUUCCAAAGGGACCGUGCUCAAAAAGCUGAAGCAUCUCGAUUACGAGAAAAACAAGUAUCGGAGCAACUUACGGAUACACAAAUGGCCUUUGAACAGUUUCAGGCACAAUCUAGUUUUGUUAAUAAACUCAUUCAAGACGAAGAAGCGAAAAAGCGAGUGGAGCUUGAGAACUCGUUCCAAAAAAAGCUCAGCUCGCGCUUGCGAGAUCAACGAGCGCACAUCGAGGCAGAAACUGCUGAAAUGCUGGCUGAGUUGAACAGUAAGCAUAAAGCGCAGACCGACGACCUUGUAACACAAAUAAGCUCCGCGAGUGAAGCUGCGGAUAGACUGACAGAAAGUGAAUCCAAAAUGUCUUCAUUGACUCAAAAAGUCACUCAACUCAAACAAAACUUGGCUGAUGCUGAAUCUGCUAUUCAGGCGAAACGAGUUGAAUGCCGCGCAAUGAAAUCAAAGCUUUCAGAAAUUGAGGGGCAUCACAAGCGACAAUUACAGGCUCUCAGCAGCUACCAUAACACGCAAAUAAGUAAUUUGAAGGAGGAAAUCGCACAGCUUCGAAAUAGACUUAUAAGAAAAGCAGAAGUCGUCGGGGAGAUGGAAGCGAGAUCAAGGGGCGCGAUGAGUCGAAUUCAUGGACCAAACUCCCGGAAGUCAGCACCUCCGCUCGAAGAGAUUCUUCAAAUCACUUCUCCAAUUUAA